UCACCUGUGUUGUUUUCAGGGUGUAGCUCUGACCUGAGGGUGGUGCUGGUGGGUCAGGAGAGAGUGGGGAAGAGCUCAGCAGGAAACACCAUCCUGGGAAAGAAGGAGUUCGACUGUAAGUUCAGUUCCUCACCUCUGACGCUGAGCUGUCAGAAGAGAGAAGGUGAUGUUCAGGGUCGCAGAGUUUCUGUGGUCGACACCCCCGGACUCUUCAGCUCUCAGCUGUCUGAGGAGCAGGUGAAGACACAGCUGGAAGAAGCACUAAAGCUGAGCUCUCCAGGUCCUCACGUCUUCCUCCUCACCAUCCAGCUCGGAAGAUUCACUGAACAGGAACAGAAAGGUCUGAAGACUCUGGAGAAGAUGCUGAGUCCUAAUGUCUCUGAACACACUAUGGUGUUGUUUACCUAUGGAGACCUACUGGAAGAUGUUGACAAGGAUCAGUUCAUCAGAGAAGACAAGAACCUGCAAGAGCUGCUGAAGAACUGCAGCGGCCAGUACCAGGUGUUCAACAACAAAAAGAUGGAGGACAGGGAUCAGGUCAAAGAGCUGUUUGACAAAAUAGAUUCAGUCUCUGAGGGAGGACGAUUGAUUUAUGAGACAAGACCUUGGUUAUUGAAUCUAAUCAUCAGAGCUGGAAGGAUGGUUUAUCACAGUCACUGGUGGUUAUUUAACACCAUCUGUAACUUAUUCGGAUGGUUACUGAGACACAUGAUGUAAUGUACAUCAAUGUACAGAGGUCAAUAUUUUUUCUCUUCUGUCGAAGUCAGAUCAUGUCAACCUGAACAGACCCCCCACCAUUUUUAAUUCACCACUCUUACAAAUGUGAUCAGUUCAUUAUCACAUUAAUAUAUAUAAAGGCUGGGGACAUAUUGAAGGGCUAUUGCUCUAACCUGAAAAAUACGCAACCUGCCAAAUGUAAGGGCCUAACAGCCAUCACCAUGUACCUGAAUGAUAUAAAGUAUGCUCAUUUAACUAAUCACAAAUCAGUUUUUAAUGUAUCAAUUGUUUUAAACUUGAAGAGAUUAAUAAAAAUCUAAAUAUUGCACACAGCCAGUCAAGUUCUUCUAACCUAGAGUUCAGAUGAUGGAGCCGUCUCUGAAAGAAACUUCCUACUAUAAUUCUGUCCAUAAUGUACCUUUAGAAUAACACUGUGCACAGUAUCUUCCUCUUCAGUAACCACUGUUCCUGUCAUGGCCGCUCUACAGUAACUCACUCUGUAUCACCAGCCUCAUGUACCUGUGUGAUGUGUCUCCUGAUGCUCAGCAUCUCUCACUGUCUCUUAGCUUGUUGAAGACAACUGGACUCGCUUGAGGUUCUUUAAGAAGUUUCACCUCUCAUCCGAAAGGUUUCUUCAGUCCAAAUGUCUUCGUAAAGAGAUACAUGAUUACAGAGUCACCACUUCGUAGUAUUUUGUGUAAGUAAACUUAUUAUUGAACAAUACAAGGCAGGCUUAAAUGAAUGGAAUGAGUGACUCAGUAUCACAGUCAGUUGAAAAAUGUAAUCAUGUGCUUGUUGGCAGCUUUGAAUUGAACUGAAUCAACCAAUCCUUUAAGCUAUUGCGUUGUUUUAUAUUUCCAGACACCAUCCAGUGUCUGUGACGGUUCGAUGGAACAUCCUGGUUUUCAUGUGUGAGACAGAGUCUCUACAGGUUGAUGGGGUUGGGAAACAUC